AUGGCCGAAGAAGAGAUAUCCUUCUUGAGAACAGUAAACGAUUUUAUUCGAGAUGAUUUGAUUUUUAGGGUGACUUCAUUUGCCUGAGUUGCCUUUCUCAUGGACUUGCUGAGCGUCUAUGUCUUGGGGCCGAGGGAUUUGGAAAUCGCAUGUGUUCACUCGAAUGCAUCGCACGGGAGGUAAGAGGCCAUAUUGCCCUCGUUAUGUUGGCCUUUUCGAGCAUCCUUAUAUGAUCAUACUCCCGCGCUCUUUAGCUUGUUUUUCGAGCAUAUCGUAUGCUUUUGCGUUUGGUUUAUAAUGAAUUUCGUAAAUCCAGAGUUUGUUUGGAAAAUAGUAAAGAGUUUUGCGAGUACGAUUUUGCUGUAUGACAACGUUUACCUCUAAAGGAUUUGGUUUACAUAAUGAAACCAACUUCAUUGUAAUUCUGCAAACUCGUUUAAUAUUAACUGUGUAGUUUAAUUUGAAUACUAUUGCGUACACAUAGCCCAGAAAUCAUUAAAUUUAAGUUCACAUAGGUAAUUGAGACUUACUAAUUUUAAAGUGUAAAAAAAUCCAAGAAAUUUGACAAAAUUGUUUUUAUUAUCUGUUUUACUUCACUAACAUUUUUAUAACUUUCUGCCUCACAAAAGUGACCUAAAGCACCAAUACCAAACAAACCGUUCUUUCCUUAAAACCUAAGCGUAAAUAGCAAAAACGUUUUAUUUUACCAAACGUUUCUCGAUAAUAUCAUGCUUCCUUUCGUUCAGACUCCUCCGCCAAAUAUGCCACCUUGCGUGUUUUUGCUGGAACAGGCACUGUCCGCACGCGCUCUUCAGGAAAUGCUUUCCAGUAAAAGCGAACUUUCGGAUGUAAGUGCAAAUGUAAAAAACCUUGAAUGUCACUAUGCAGAAACCUGAAGUUUGAUGGUAUUCGUCUGCUUUAAAUGAAAUUAGACAGCAUUUACUUUUUAGCCAACCUGGGAUCGUGGCGUAUAACUUUGACUUUACAAAACUUCAGAUUAUUUAUGCACCAUUAGUCCAAACACAUAGCGACGUUUUUGUUACUUGGGCUAGAAAAAACUGUUUUCGUGUAUUUGAAGUUUCAAAUAUCUUUAAAUUGGCAAAUUUUCGUGGGGCGGUCUUUCUUGACCCAAUAAAUGGCCACAAUAUAUUAACUAAAUGCCUGUGUUCUUGAUUCUUCUAGAGUAGUCAUUCGAGCCACCGGACGUUGCUUUAUGGCCAUGCAGUCCGCCUGAAACAUCGUAACAGUGGAAUGGUUUGUAUAUAACUACUCAUAUCAUUUGGAAUUUUUUUAAACACAAUAACAGAGGAAAAUAGAGGGUUAGAAGCAAUCUUUCUUUAUACUUUUAUAAGCGAUCAAUUGGCACUUGCACUUUCAAAAUAACAAAUUGCCUAAACGAGCGCAGUAUGUAAGAUAAGAAAGCAAAGCACAUAAUAGUAAAGUUAAUUAAAGAUUUUGCCCAUAAAUCCGGAAUUUCUCCCAAACAAGGUUAACCCUUCUCUGCCUGAGAGGACAAGGGCAUUUUAUUCUUCAUUUUUCCAUCAACGUCUUCUGCGCGUCUAUGGUUUUCUGGUGCUACUUGGCAGUUAAGCAUUGGUAUUGUGUCUACACUUCGAAAGUCUUACGCUCUAUCUUUCCCAAGCGCAUACUUUAGAGCUCACUUUGAUCCUUCCGCAUUCCCGGUCUUUAGAUCUUGCUGUAAAUGUUUUGCGUAAUUAUUAAUUUAUGCAACAUUCACACACUCGUGGCGAUAUUACAUGAUGUAUAGUGCAAUACUAUCCUAUUUAAUAUAUAUAUAUAUGAAUAUAGGAAAAAAAGAGGUUCUUCAGAGUUGUACGAGUUGUACUCGUGAAUUUUCGAAUUGGUGACAUCAACCCGUCGUCAGACGAAAAGAAGAUAAAAGAGAGAGUAAGACCCUCACACUAGACCAGCAGGCGCGAAAGGACAAGCUUUGACGGGUGGACCAUUAACAUGUGAGGAGGGAUGCGGGCAGGGAGUCAUGCUGAGUUCUGAGCCGGGAUGAGAGGAAGGGAGGGAGAGAAAACAGUUAAGGCUCCCCGUGUUGAAGGGGAGGGAGAAUGGUAGGUUGGCGGAACUGCGGGCGCCUGGAUUAACGGCCGCUGAUGCGGCGUGGGGCUCGGCUUAGUUAGGCGAGAUCUUAGGCCCUCAUAAUGGGCGUCUAGGUCAACGUGGCGGUUGAUGCUUUCCGCGUUAGAGCACCAUACCUCUAGGAAUUCUCUCGCCCGUUUUGUGUUGGCCGUGGCGAUGACCUCGGUGUCAUCCCAUACAUGAAUAUUUGUCUUGAUGUUUUUGCAGUUUAAGACCCAGGUUAUGACAAGCUUUCGUUGGUUGUGUUCUCUGUUCUCUUCUAUUCAGUACUACUCUGUUCCUUGCCGGAACCUGAAUCAAACAAGAUGCUCCUCGUAAAACCUAGCUUUUUGGUAAUUUUGAUUAUACCUAUUGUUAUCUAGGGUUGAUUGGCCUCAAAUUUUGUUUAUUUUGCUCUUUACAGUACCUGGCAUGUCUGUCGACUAGCUCAACUGAAGAUAAAUUGGCAUUCGACGUAGGGCUAGAGCGUGAAGCAGACAGUGAGUUUUUCUUCUAUGUUGCUUCUUUGAAGCUUUAUUUAGCCAACCGUUUCUGCCGGCCUAAAGACAACCGGCUCUAAGUUUAUUGCUCCUAAUGCCUUCUUUAAAAGCGGCUUUAUUUUCUCAACGUUCAUUUUCCUAACGAACACUGUCCCACUUGCUUUCGAAAGUUUCUUGAAGUUUUUUUGCUGAUCGAAAAUGUUUGAUUUGACUCUGAGCUCCCCAACGCAUUUAUUACAUUGAGCAGCCAGUCUUAGUUCCUUUGACUGAGCACCAGAAAUUACAUAAGUUUUCGCCUUUUCCUCAUCUUGAUGCUCGGCCUUUAUUUUUUUCAUAUAAGUUCAUUUUAUUUGGUGCUUACUAUUCCCCUAUUAAUCCGCCAUACUUUCCUUCAGAGAUUCGAUUGUUGUUGUUGAUUGUCGUUAGGUUUGUGGAAUUUUCACACAGAACUGACAUGAAACUCCAGAAUGAAGUAUGUUGAGUCUUGUCACAUUUCUGUGUUUUGUCUAACUUUAAAACAACUAGUAACGGUGUCUUCAUAAAGUGCUAAGCAGUGAGCCUAGAAAUCAAAUUUACAUCAGAGUUUUGGCAGUUGCCGAUAAUACUCCAAAUGAAUUCGAUCAAAAAACGUUCGGAAGACAAAUAUACCAGCCUUCUGCUGCCAUUGGGAUUUUGAUUUGUUUUUUAGCUUAUAUGAUGCCUGACUUUCCUCAAAUUCUUACCAGAAAGAAACUUGCACGUAACAUUACCAUCCGAUGCUUAUAAUCACUGCACUGUUAGACCAAAACUGAGGACAAAAAGUCGGUGGUCCUCGUCAAACGAUCUGUUCUGUCUGAAAGGAAUGCCGCACCGGCAUACAGGAUAGGCUGGGCGGGAACCUUAUUGCCACAUCAACCACUAUGUCCAAUCUCAGUCCCGGCUGACGCGACCGAUUCAAAGGAGACAUUGCGCUUUGCUUAUACAUUAUAAACAAGCAUACGCACUUUCUACCUUUAAUGCUGCAUUAGGAUCCUGAAUUAGAAGUCUGCCAACUGAAUGGCCAACAGAGCCCUACUCGAAACACAAUAUCCGACUGCAGUGGCUAAUAAAGAAUGCGCGAUUUGUGACGGCCUCAUUCACGUUGGCUUCUGAGGUACCUUCUAUUCACGAGACCCCGUUAGGUGGUGUGUGAUACGCGGAGACGGUUUUCAAAUUUUUCUAUUUACUUUGCCCACGCCAAACUCCCGUCUUUUGGCCUUAUCUGACCGUCGGAGCGCGGUGAGUGAGGCGGAUGCUGUGCCAGCUCUUUUCACCGCAACUGCCGUCCUCGUCGCUCGUCAUGGACAGUCCAUUGACUAAUCAAAGGAUGAAGACUAUAAAUAAUCAUUCAUUGAUCACGGUGAAAAAGAUGUAAUUCGCUUCAGUCUGAUUAUUUUUUUCCUCCACAAAUUUUUGAUCGAUCGUAUGAAGAAAAAACCCGUCCGCUUUAUAUUGCCAUUUUUCGCAGCGAGCGCAGUGAAGGCAAAGAAGCAGUAAUUUGCGUGCGAAUUAGACAGGCUUGCGCAAGAUCGACCUCAUCUUCUAGUUCUACACCCGCCGUGUUCCACUGGCUGGACUGAUUAACCGCGAACGGAAGUGGGCCUACGUACGCAGUGGCCGAUUUGCGCUAAGUCCCCGCCCCUCCCCACGCCAUAACACGGCUGCUUCCUCCCCCCACAUUCGAAGCAGGCUCCACGUUUAACCUACAUUGGGUGAAGACAUCCCGUCUAGCCCUCAUGUGGCUUAACUGCUAGUUAAGACGCUUACUUAGGUGCGUCCGCAGCACUUGCGGAGUCACAGAUGGGAGCUUAGCGUCGGGAGGACUUUGCGCUGAAUGGCCGCCUGGUGCGGCGUGCAUGUGUGAAUGCCAGUCCAUUAAAUUUUUUACCUCUCUCGAUGUAUUGCAUAACCUUUCCUUUAAGCCUUCUCUCAGAAUGUGAAAAAGAGAGUGACGGACGAUACCUUGAAAAGGGGCAGGCAAUUUAUUAACCGAGAAAUCAGUAUCUCUCGUGCCUACCGCGUGGUCUCGCUACAAUACGAAACCUUCCACGCAAAACUAUUAUAACUAUUAAUGUCAGUAGUCCUAAGCAGAUAAUGUUAUAUUAUUUAUAAACGUAUACAGGAUUAAACGACGGGAGAAGUAAAAGAGAGGGCAAGGAGGUUGGAGAGGGAAUAGGGUUUACCUCAAAACACCCACUAGGGGCUCUUCUUGGUUAUUGGUCAAAAUUAUCUCCAAUAUGGCCAACAUCUCUACGCGGAUGAAAUUACUCUUCUCGAGCGGAAGGUGCAGAAAGCAACGUCUAACAAGUUUGAUUUGAAAUCCCUCCGUUAGGCACCCAUGGGGGGAAGGGCACUUUCUGACCGGCCGUGUACGUCCAAUUUAUAUUUACUAUAGGAGACUGUGAGUCUUUUGCGAUUUGAGAUAGGGAAAGGAAAUUGGUAGCUGCGAUCACUUCCUUCAGUCGCCACCCAUAUAAAGUAUAUUCACUGUGUCGUCUCAUUUUUCGACAAUUGGACGAAUGUACAACAAUUUCAGACUUUUCGGUAGCGUGAGUCACGACUCAAAGGAGCACUUAUCUCGGUCAACUUUUCCUCAAACGAAUACACACUUAACGCUUAUCAAAUAGGUUUGCUGCGCUGCGGGUGCCCAUCAAAUGCCGUUUUUGAGGAAAUUAAAUUUCUCCGAAACAAAGCUUAAAAAUAUGCAACUUGUCUGCAGAAGGCAAUGUCUGUGCUUUUCUUCACUAGUCCAGCUAAAAUGUUUAUAUCGAUACUUUGGCGUACAGAAACUUUCCUUUGAAGAGGCUGCGCCAGGUUUAUGGUUGGAAACAUGACCACAAUCGGGACUUUCGAAUGAUAGCCUACAGGAGAUAGGGCAACUCCAGUUUAAUAGGGUUAUCAUUCAAGUCUAGUAGAAAGAUACUGCAGACUACAGUAGGCUCGCCUUGUGAGACCAGUAUUUGCACGGCCGCGAAUGCAGCCCCCUUUGGUUCAGCGAUAGAGCAGCCAGCACCAAGUCGGUAGUCGGCGAUUCUACUCCGCUAGACGAUACACCUCUUCUGACUGAGCUCCCCCUACCCUCCACAGUCUGCCCUGUCUGAUGGCUGAAGUUAUGAGCUCUGCCGUUUAUCGGCUGAAACAAACUUGGCUUGCUUUUUAUCGGCACAUUAUUCCGCAUAGUGUAGUCCAGCCUCUCUCACACCGUCUACUACAGUUGCCCCUCUGAAGUAAGAGUUUUAAAAGUGUGUUUCCCUCUCUCACCGCAAAUCUCUUUGUUCAAUCACAUUAAGCCGAGGCCUGUUGGUGGACCAUUCAUCCUGCAUCUAAACAGCGAUCAGUUGGUGAAAAGGUCAGAAUCGGGGACGACCUCAUUCUCGUCAGCGUCUCCUCGGAACGCUAUUUGGUGAGUCUCCUUUCAAAACUGUCCUAA